GAAAAAGGAAAAAGAAAGGUGCAGUUACACGUUGCAGCUUUGCCCUUUCUCUCGUCUCUCAGCGGCGGCGGCGGCCAUGGAGGACAACGACGACUGCCCUCCCCUCGCCGUCGAGCUCCCACCGCAGGAGCCAUCCCCUCCAGCGCCAGCUUACUCCGCUGCCUCGCCAGUUGGCGUCACCGUCAUCACCGGCUACCUCGGGGCUGGCAAGUCCACGUUAGUCAACUACAUUUUGAAUGAGCAACAUGGGAAGAGAAUUGCCGUAAUACUAAAUGAGUUUGGAGAGGAAAUUGGAGUUGAAAGGGCAAUGAUCAAUGAGGGGCAAGGUGGUGCACUCGUCGAGGAAUGGGUGGAGCUGGCAAAUGGAUGCGUCUGUUGCACUGUAAAACACAACCUGGUUCAAGCACUAGAGCAGCUUGUGCAGAGAAAGGAGAGAAUGGAUCAUAUAUUACUUGAGACAACGGGAUUGGCUGAUCCUGCACCACUUGUCUCUAUUCUUUGGCUGGACGAUCAAUUGGAGUCAUCAAUUAGACUUGAUUCUAUCAUCACGGUUAUUGAUGCAAAAAACUUUAGGCUUCAGAUUGAUGAGCACAAAAACUCUUCCUCAUUCCCCGAAGCCUUUCAUCAAAUUGCAUUUGCGGAUGUUGUGAUAUUGAACAAAAUUGACCUAGUGAAAGACUGUCUUGAGGAUUUGGAAAGGCACAUUUAUGACGUAAAUGCUCUGGUUACAGUAGUGCAGUCUAUACGGUGCCAGGUUGACUUGAGUACAGUAUUUAAUCGGCAAGCGUAUGGUGCCAAGAAUUUGUCGCAUCUGCAAGAACUUCUGGAUUACAGUAAAUCAGUGCCACCUAGCCUCCGGCAUGACAACAGUAUUUCCACCUUGUGCUUCCAAGAACAAGAUCCAGUUUACUUGCCUAAGGUGGAAUCUUGGCUUGAGGAUCUUCUUUGGGAAAAGAAAUCUAAUAUGGAUAUAUAUCGUUGCAAAGGGAUUCUACAUAUCCACAACUCUGACCAAGUUCAUACAUUACAGGCAGUGAGGGAAGUCUAUGAGAUUGUGCCGGCUCGAGAAUGGUCUGAGGCACAGUCUCGCGUGAACAAGAUAGUUUUCAUAGGCCGCAAUCUGGAUAUCGAUGUUCUUCGAGAUUCAUUCAGUGGUUGCAAGUGCUGAUAAUGAUUUUUUGUUUGUCUUGUACAAUGUACAAGGUACCUUCGUGUUUGUGUAACAAACUGAAGAAACCCAUAUGGCCAAUGCUUGGAUGAAUCUUGUAUAGUUCCCAAAUUUAUACUUUAUCAAUGGAGAAUCUUCAACAGAUGGGAAGCAACUUGCAACGCCAACAUUAAGAGAGGAAAACUGCUGGUUUUAUUUAUUGUAUCACCUUGGUAGCUCCUCUCUGAAGCACCAUGGUUGCUGAGCUUUGUUCCUGCUCAAUGGCAAAUGCAACCUUGUUCAGUUGUGGAAGAGUCAUGUAUCUAGUGAUAAGAUUUUGUACUUUGUGGUAUGAAUUUAGUUCGAGUAAUAUGCGAACCGUUCAACAACAUUUUGAUUACUGAACAAUAACAUAGCGGCAGUGCCGCAGUGGCGAA